AUGAUCUCUAGGAUAGCAAGCAGGAGGUCCUGCUUAUUGUUGAGGACAAACGUCUCAAAAUCAAUUGGACUGGUGCAGAGGCGAGGGGCAGCCAGCUCACCAAAGCUUGGAGAUGGCCCGUUGAUGGAAAGACGGGCGGAUCGGGAGCUUCCUGAUCCCCGAACAAUCGGCCACCGGUGGUCGCGGAGCCUACCCAUAUUCAUCGUCCUCAUGGCCGCCAGCAGCCUUGCCAUCUUCAACUACCAAAAGAUGUCGAGCCCCGUGGUGGCAUCGACGCUGUACGCCCUGCGGAUCCACCCGGACGCGCGCGAGUACCUGGGCGACAACAUCUACUUCAAGCAGCAGAUACCCUGGAUCAGGGGCGAGAUGAACCAGAUGCACGGCAAGAUCGACGUCUGGUUCACCGUCAAGGGCACCAGGAACUCGGGUGUCAUGCGCUUCACCAGCAGGCGGCCCUCGUCCAGGGCCAUGUUCGAGACCACCGAGUGGAGCCUGGAGAGGGACGACGGCUCCAAGAUCGACUUGCUCAUCGACGGUGAUCCAUUCAAGGGUAUCCAGAUCGGAGAGGGAUUGGAUAACUACUACGACGACGACGACGAUGAUGCGCCGCAGACGAGGGGGUUCAGGAAGUAG